AUGGGUAGAUGGGAAGUUGUCUUAUUUAUUAAAGAUAAUAGUAUUGAAGCAGUGCCUGAUACAUGGGUAAAAAAAAAUCACUGUGCUUGGCCAAAGUCAUCAAAAAACAUAAAAAAGUUAAUUAAAAACCGAUACAAGCCAAAUAAAACAGAAUUUUUUUAUUAUCCAGCACGUAUCUUGGGAACAAAAAAUUAUGCAACAUUAGCUGAAGCACAAUUCAAACUUCCAAAAGCAACUACAAAUUCGGACUUGUCUACAACAGAAGAUGAAGAAAAAAAAAAAAAAAGAAAACAUUUGAUUCAUCUGCAGGAUUAG